CGGCUGUCUCUGUCUGUCUGCCAGGGUCUCCGCUGUCCCAGACAGGCCGUGUGGGCUUGGGGGUCCUCCUGGUGGUCUCUCCAGCCUAGGUUCCUCAGUCACUGCCCCAAGAUGGGCCGUGGGGCCGGCCGUGAGUACUCCCCUGCUGCCACCACUGCGGAGAAUGGGGGUGGCAAGAAGAAACAGAAGGAGAAGGAGCUGGAUGAGCUGAAGAAGGAGGUGGCCAUGGACGACCACAAGCUGUCCUUGGAUGAGCUGGGCCGCAAGUACCAAGUGGACCUGUCCAAGGGCCUCACCAACCAGCGAGCUCAAGACAUUCUGGCUCGGGAUGGGCCCAACGCCCUCACUCCGCCCCCCACAACCCCGGAGUGGGUCAAGUUCUGUCGUCAGCUGUUCGGAGGUUUCUCCAUCUUGCUGUGGAUUGGGGCUAUCCUCUGCUUCCUGGCCUAUGGCAUCCAGGCGGCCAUGGAGGAUGAACCAUCCAAUGACAACCUCUACCUGGGCGUGGUGCUGGCAGCUGUGGUCAUCGUCACGGGCUGCUUCUCCUACUACCAGGAGGCCAAGAGCUCCAAGAUCAUGGAUUCCUUCAAGAACAUGGUGCCUCAGCAAGCCCUCGUGAUCCGAGAGGGAGAGAAGAUGCAGAUCAAUGCAGAGGAGGUGGUGGUGGGCGACCUGGUGGAGGUGAAGGGUGGAGACCGCGUCCCUGCUGACCUCCGGAUCAUCUCUUCUCAUGGCUGUAAGGUGGAUAACUCGUCUCUGACAGGCGAGUCAGAGCCCCAAACCCGCUCCCCCGAGUUCACCCACGAGAACCCUCUGGAGACCCGCAAUAUCUGUUUCUUCUCUACCAACUGUGUUGAAGGCACUGCCAGGGGCAUCGUGAUUGCCACGGGUGACCGGACGGUGAUGGGCCGCAUCGCCACUCUGGCCUCAGGCCUGGAGGUGGGGCGGACGCCCAUAGCCAUGGAGAUCGAGCAUUUCAUCCAGCUGAUCACCGGGGUGGCUGUGUUCCUGGGGGUCUCCUUCUUCGUGCUCUCCCUCAUCCUGGGCUACAGCUGGCUGGAAGCCGUCAUCUUUCUCAUCGGCAUCAUUGUGGCCAACGUGCCUGAGGGGCUUCUGGCCACUGUCACUGUGUGCCUGACCCUAACCGCCAAGCGCAUGGCGCGGAAGAACUGCCUGGUGAAGAACCUGGAGGCGGUGGAGACGCUGGGCUCCACGUCCACCAUCUGCUCGGACAAGACAGGCACCCUCACCCAGAACCGCAUGACCGUUGCCCACAUGUGGUUUGACAACCAGAUCCAUGAGGCUGACACCACCGAAGACCAGUCUGGAGCCACUUUUGACAAACGAUCCCCCACGUGGACAGCCCUGUCUCGGAUCGCUGGCCUCUGCAACCGUGCCGUCUUCAAGGCUGGGCAGGAGAACAUCUCUGUGUCUAAGCGGGACACAGCCGGGGAUGCCUCCGAAUCAGCCCUGCUCAAGUGCAUCGAACUGUCCUGCGGCUCAGUGAGGAAGAUGAGGGACAGGAACCCCAAGGUGGCAGAGAUUCCUUUCAACUCUACCAACAAGUACCAGCUCUCCAUCCACGAGCGUGAGGACAGCCCCCAGAGCCAUGUGCUGGUGAUGAAGGGGGCUCCAGAGCGCAUCCUGGACCGGUGCUCCACUAUCCUGGUGCAGGGCAAGGAGAUCCCUCUCGACAAGGAUAUGCAAGACGCCUUUCAGAACGCCUACAUGGAGCUGGGAGGACUGGGGGAGCGAGUGCUGGGGUUCUGUCAACUGAACCUUCCUUCUGGGAAGUUUCCCCGAGGCUUCAAAUUUGACACAGAUGAGCUGAACUUUCCCACAGAGAAGCUCUGUUUCGUGGGGCUCAUGUCCAUGAUCGACCCUCCCCGGGCUGCUGUGCCUGACGCCGUGGGCAAGUGCCGGAGUGCAGGCAUCAAGGUGAUCAUGGUGACUGGAGACCACCCUAUCACAGCCAAGGCCAUUGCCAAAGGUGUGGGCAUCAUCUCAGAGGGCAACGAGACAGUGGAGGACAUUGCAGCCCGGCUCAACAUUCCCGUGAGCCAAGUCAACCCCAGAGAAGCCAAGGCCUGCGUGGUGCACGGCUCCGACCUGAAGGACAUGAACUCGGAGCAGCUCGAUGAGAUCCUCAAGAACCACACAGAGAUCGUGUUCGCGCGGACGUCUCCUCAGCAGAAGCUCAUCAUCGUGGAGGGGUGUCAGAGGCAGGUGAGCAGGCGAGGGGCGGGGCCGGGGCGAGGAGUGAGCACGGGCAAGAAGCGGACUCGGCCAGCGGUGUCGCCCUCUGCUGGCUGCAUGUCUUCCCAGGGAGCCAUUCAGGCACCCGACAUGAUCCUGCUGGACGACAACUUCGCCUCCAUCGUCACGGGCGUGGAGGAGGGCCGCCUGAUCUUUGACAACCUGAAGAAGUCCAUCGCCUACACGCUGACCAGCAACAUUCCGGAGAUCACGCCCUUCCUGCUGUUCAUCAUCGCCAACAUCCCCCUGCCUCUGGGCACCGUGACCAUCCUCUGCAUUGACCUGGGCACGGAUAUGGUCCCCGCCAUCUCCUUGGCCUAUGAGGCAGCAGAGAGUGACAUCAUGAAGCGACAGCCACGGAACUCCCAGACGGACAAGUUGGUGAACGAGAGGCUCAUCAGCAUGGCCUACGGACAGAUAGGGAUGAUCCAGGCACUGGGCGGCUUCUUCACUUACUUCGUGAUCCUGGCAGAGAAUGGUUUCCUGCCAUCACGGCUGCUGGGCAUCCGCCUCGACUGGGAUGACCGGACCAUGAAUGACCUGGAGGACAGCUAUGGCCAGGAGUGGACCUACGAGCAGAGGAAGGUGGUGGAGUUCACCUGCCACACGGCCUUCUUUGCCAGCAUCGUGGUUGUGCAGUGGGCUGACCUCAUCAUCUGCAAGACCCGCCGCAACUCGGUCUUCCAGCAGGGCAUGAAAAACAAGAUUCUGAUCUUUGGACUCCUGGAGGAGACGGCAUUGGCUGCCUUUCUGUCCUACUGCCCAGGCAUGGGCGUGGCCCUACGCAUGUACCCGCUCAAGGUCACUUGGUGGUUCUGUGCCUUCCCCUACAGUCUCCUCAUCUUCAUCUAUGAUGAGGUCCGGAAGCUCAUUCUACGGCGAUAUCCCGGGGGUUGGGUGGAGAAGGAGACAUACUACUGAGCCUGGUGGAAGAAGAACCGGGCACGGGAAAGAUGGGGUGCUCCGGAGGUGUUGCAGGGAUGGUGAAGGGGAGGGAUGGAAACAUUGGGGUGUUCCUUGGGGGGAAGACUUGGGGAGAGAGAAUGAGGCAACUCAGCAGGCUAAGUGGAGGGAGUAGGUAAAUAAGUUGGAGGUGACUGCCACAUAGACCUAACUGUGAUCAGUUUAGACACCGCAUGGUAGAGUCCCCUACUCGAUCCUUUUCCGGUCCACUCUACUAGGUUCUUUUCCACUGAGGAAUCAGGGACUACCCCAGUCCUCCCUAUUCCCCAUCCCUUUGCCCUCACCUCCUACUUGAACAGGUCAAUGUCCAAAGGCAGGGACCUUUCAGAUCACCAAGUGUCCCUGUAGCUCUCCGACCUCACUCCCCUGCCCACUUUCACACCUUAUUUGCUUCCUGCCAAGCUCUGUCUGCUUCGUGCUCUGCCUCCUGCUUUAGACCUUGACAUUACAAAAAGCUCUUCCUGGUGAGAAUAAGGGCCUGAAACCAGAAAAGGAAGCUGCUGUGGAGUCCAGGCUGGUCUUCUGUCGAGGCUAGCUAGAGACCUGCAGAGGAGAGCCGGGCACACAGGUGGGAGGUUGGAGACAACUGGCUGGAGGAGGAAAAUACCAAGGAGACAGAAAAGGAUAGAGAGCGUGCCAACAACAGGACAUCUGAUGUGUCUCAAGUCUCCAGAUAGACGUCGUAGGCUCCAGGUCCCACCUCUCCUGAUUACCCGCCAGUAAGCCAACUUCAGAUCUCAUCAGAGUAGCAGCAGAAGCAGGACCAGAAGGCAACUGAGAAGCUUCAUGGAGACACCACAGCCAUGUAUGCAGGGCACCCCACUGAGCUUUGGUUGGCGGUCCUCUUGGUCCACAAGGCCAGAUGUCAUGGGAGCUCCAGCUCUCUCAAUCACAUAUGCUUGGUGACAGCUCACUCUUUAGAAUACUAAGUCAUUAGAAGUUCAUGUUUCUCCUGGGAGGAGGGUUGCUAACCCUUCCCAUGGCCCUCCCCUUCAUGCCCAUCUGGCUGAACCUGCCUCACUCCCAGGCAUUGCCAAGCCAGCCCUGAAGGCGUUCUCUAGCCAUUGGCUGAAAAUGGGGUGGAGAUGUCCUAUAUUCCAGGGACACACAGUAUCAGCUUGGGUCAUGGACACAGAACCUUGAACAAGAGGGAAACUAUUAGGAGCUUUGCCUCCUGGAAAAUGUCCUCACUCUGAUGAUCACUGUGUUCACUAUCCCCAAGGUAGGAGUUGGUUUUCAGGCUCCUACAAUAGAUACUUUUCUUUCCGGUACUCCCUUUCCACCUAGUGUUUUUGCUUUGCAGGCAGCUCUGCCCCUUCUCCAAGCCUGGCUUAGAAGGCAUUGAGGAUGUCCUAUGCAGAGGGACCUAGAUGAGCCAAGUGAGGGAAAACACCUAAGGGGAAUGGAAGACCUAAGGCAGAAAGGGAAGAAACACAAACACAUUAGGUCAAGACCAGAGACAGUCACCCAAUGGCCUCUAUUUCAUUGCACUGGAAUUUUGCUUUAUCAGAAGUACCUUGAAAUAAGUGAGUCAUUGCCUUGGGCUUGGAAAGCUAAAUGGGAAACCAUGUUAUUUUGGGUGGGAUAAUUUUGAGAUAUUGACUGUGGACAAAAGUUUAUCUUUGCACAAUCAAUAAAAACUGCAUUUGUCUAGUAAAUUAAAAGCAUAAAUAACAUUGCUAUGGGUGGCACAUUUAGUCUACCUAAAAAAAGACUUUUCAAGCACUUUAGGAAUAUCCUCCAUCUAGAAGUAGCAAGUGCAUGGACUAAUUAUCAUCAAUCCUUACGUGUUUGUUAAAGAAACAUCUAUAGGAUCUUUACUUGGUGACCUUUUGUAAGACAUUAGUUUAAGGCACUACAUAUGUACUUGAAAAUAAUAAAGUUGCAUUUCUUUAUGAAAAGAAAAAUAAAAACUAUCACGAUGUGGAUUUCUACACCUCC